AUGGCUCCAGUGAACCCCGAGAACGCGGCGCGCAAAGAGCGUCUCGAGCAAGCCGUUGCGGAAGCUCGCGCCUCUAAAAAGCCCAACUACAGUGCACUGGCUCGCAAAUACAACGUCAAACGCGAAUCCCUCACGUACCAUCUUAGAGAGGCUCCCCCCACAGAAUCUCUCAGAAACCGAAUGUCGCAGGAACAGCGAGCAGUGAUGCUAAAAUACGUACAGCAACUUGACGAUGCCAAUAUUCUUGUUUCAGGUGGGUUGAUCGAAGUUACGGGGAAUUAUCUGCUGCAACGAGAUGCAGGGGGGCGCGAGUGCAAGCUUCUCUCGAAGAUGUGGUCAUAUCGCUACUUGGAGCGCUUGACGAUUGAAUUCAAGAACCAAAAGAAAGCGCAUGUGAAUCUGAAGCGCCUCAAGGCGGAGCAUUUGGACGCCUUUGCGGAUUAUUUUCGCCUAUUGAAGAGCAAGAUCGAGGAACAUAAUAUCGGUCCGUCGAAUAUCUACAAUAUGUCAUUGGGCUUUCAAUUCCACCAGCGCGGUCUGCGACGCGGAGUUGCUACCGACAUUGAAGGUAGCGAUACAUCUGCUGCUGCACGCCUGAAGAGCGGGGCCCUGACGAUCAUCGAGUGUGUGGCAGCCAACGGCUUUGCCGUGCCUCCUCUAUUCGUUGUCAAGGGUGAAACACAUCUUGAAUGGUGGGAUGAUUCACCCGAUGUACCAGAGGGUGCCCGUGAGUCUACCUCGCCCACUGGCUGGGUUACACCUAAUCUGGCUAUGCACUGGAUUCGACAUUUUGACGCACACACCAAGAGCCGCGUAUCACGCGGUCAAAAGAGGCUUCUCCUGGUAGAUGGACACGAGUCGCAUUUUCCGCCUGAAUUUUUUGAUAUCUGCGCGACACGAAAGAUUGUUGUUCUUUCCUUUGUGCCAUUUUCCCAAGAGCUUCUUCAGCCACUUGACGGACAGCCCUUUCUAGAAUAUGAGGAGAUCUUACACUCAGACAUCAACAACGGCGAAGCUCCACUUACGGACAAGGAUGAGUUUCUUGCACAAGUUAUGAGCGCACGCCGGGUUGCGUUCAACGAACAGACAAUCCGCGAUAUGUUCGCCAACUGUGGUAUCUGGCCCCUUGACCCAGAGAAGAUCCUUCAGCCACUACAAAAACAACUUGAUGAAGCCCCAGCUCCGCGUGAGGUGCCCAACGAACCCACCCCCGAGCCCCGUGCACCGAGUCCCCCACCCCGAGCGAUUCGCAUAGUGCGUGCUCGAGCUGAGGAAGCGGUUGCUUUGCAAAAGAAGGACGCCAAACAGGUGAUGAAUCAGCUUCGACAAAUUUAUAACCUCAAUCUCAAGACAUGCGGGAUGGUCCUUCAGCUCCAAGACGAUCUCAAAAAGCGAAUGGAAUUCGAGGAACAACGGUCACAGAAUAGACGAACACCAACCGAGGUUCCACCGCGCAGGAAUAUCAAAACAUCGAGGUUAGUGUUUUCGCGCGUGGCAAAGAGGAAACUAGCCGCUCAGGCGAGACGGAGGAAGAGUCUGGCGAAAUAUGGGAUCUCGGGAGCCCGUAAGCGACCAGAAGUUUCAGAGGCUAUGGAGAUAGAUUAG